GCUUUCCCGGGGGCGGGGGGGGCGGGGAGGGGCCCGGCGCGAUGGGGUUAAACCGGGUGCGUGCCGUUUUCUUCGACCUGGACAACACGCUCAUCGACACGGCCGGGGCCAGCAGGAGAGGCAUGUUGGAGGUAAUAAAGCUCUUACAGUCAAAAUACCACUCUAAAGAAGAGGCUGAACUCAUCUGUGAUAAAGUUCAAGUUAAACUCAGCAAAGAAUGUUUUCAUCCUUACAGUACAUGUAUUACAGAUCUGAGGACUUCACACUGGGAAGAGGCAAUCCAGGAAACAAAAGGUGGUGCUGACAAUAGGAAAUUGGCGGAAGAAUGUUAUUUUCUCUGGAAAUCUACACGUUUACAGCAUAUGACCCUACCAGAGGAUGUCAAAGCCAUGCUUACUGAACUGCGCAAAGAGGUCCGCCUGCUCUUGUUAACAAAUGGUGAUAGGCAGACACAGAGAGAGAAGAUAGAGGCUUGUGCCUGUCAAUCCUACUUUGAUGCUAUCGUUGUAGGUGGAGAGCAGAAAGAGGAGAAGCCAGCACCUUCCAUAUUUUAUCACUGUUGUGAUCUUCUUGGAGUACAGCCUGGGGACUGUGUGAUGGUUGGUGACACAUUAGAAACGGAUAUUCAAGGAGGCCUCAAUGCAGGGCUGAAAGCAACAGUCUGGAUAAACAGAAGUGGAAGUGUGCCAGUGAUGUCAUCCCCUGUUCCACACUAUGUGGUUUCUUCUGUGCUAGAAUUACCAACCCUCUUACGAAGUAUAGAUUGCAAAGUCAGCUUGUCAGUUUAAAUCAUUUAAAGGCAUGGUGACAAUGUUUACAGUCAAUUUACAGGGUUGGAACUGAGGAAAGGCAUUUUAUGUAUUACGGUCCAGUUCUAAUUAUAGUGUGAUUUCGGAUUUAAUGACUAUAUUAUAAAGGUUCUCCAACUCUAUUGCUUUUGAUAUGCAACUGUAAGAUUUGUAUUUAUAUCUGAAAAUCCAGAUUGUAUUAAUACAAGUUACUUUUAGUAGGAGGUCCAGCAAACUUGAAGAAAUGUAGUAUUUGUUAGUCUAUUACUUGAGAUUUAUAAAAUUAUUUUAAUAAUUUUUUAGUAUCUUGGCUUCAGGAUACUAAGCAGGGUAGCAUACCCCUGGAUAUACAAGUGUGGGUGUUUGGCUUAGAAAUAGAUAUUUUUUAAUAAAUAGAUAUUCUAAAACAUAGUUAUUCAUAAUCUAGUUAAUAUUGAAAUAAGUACUAAGUUUAGCAAAUCAUGGUGUUUCCUAGUGAAACGUUGAAUAUUUUUAAAACAUAAAUCAUAUUUUUGGCUA